AUGGACGCUCCCGACAUCUCCCGUCUCAUCCUGCAGGACACCGGGCCGCCACCCUCAGAUGCUUCUCCGCCAAUCCCGGACGACGUCAUGUAUGCGACAGACCACUACACGCUAAAGCUCAGGAACUAUGCCCGGUCCAUACCCUACUCCAUUGAGUCCAACUCGCGCAUGCAGAAAAUGCUUGACUUCAUAUUGCUGCGGCUUUCGCAAUGCGUCGAAGCGAAGGACUAUGAUCCCGGGCUCUUACAGUGGGAUAGUAUGUUAACGUACUGGUCGAUGCUCAAGUAUCCCAUACCGAAGGGGAAGCGCAUAGCUCUCAUCAAGAUAUACUUCCAUGUGUGCACAACACCUGGCAUGUCCAUUCAUAUCAUUGCCGCUUGCUCCGAAGGGCUCCAAGUGCUUUCUCGUUCGAAGAAGAAGCUCUCCGUAAACGACUUGAGGCUUCCGUGGAUGCCCAUAUACAAGAUCUUGAGCAAGGACUUGUUUCUCACCAGGCGUCAGUUCGAGAUUAGCCAAACUUCGUGGUACAUGGGGUAUAUUGCUGAUACUGUUCGCCGCUUCUUCCACCCCGCUGCCGUUGAUGAGAUGCUGUCUACUUUCCUCCCCUCCAUGAAUUGCACUAGCCUAAACAGCCUCUUAGCGUCGCAGUAUUACAUGUUGACGUUCUUGCCGCUCUCGCACCCCCAGUCGUAUCUUCCCAUGCUCUUUCGCAUAUGGGAGUCCGUGAAUUCGUAUAUGUUCGACGACCGAAUGCUGCAGUUCUUCGCGCGACUGGCAGAGAUGCACGUCGACUCAUCCGUGAGUAAUCCUCAGAGAAUUGAGGAUAUCCCGGACGACGAGCGGUCAGAAGGGGAGGGCCGACCCGGUUGGUCGCGCGAAGACCUCGAAACGAAGUGGAGGUGGUCAGGCCUGUAUUCCGACGUUGGCAUCUUCUCGGAUGCCGACUGGAGCCUUAUCAUGGCCAAAUGCAUGGCGUCGAUGGAAAUCCCACUGGCCGACUCCGGCUCUCUUACCACUGGCCCAAACGCUGAUGGUCAAGCGACGUUUGAGAUGAACCGGCUUCCAAAGCCAAGCUGGCGCAUUCCCUCGUUGGCACGAAUCAUCGUGUAUUCAAUGGCACCGGAUUCUAUGCCCAGUCCCGCGUCAAAUGCCCCAACACCUUUUUUCACACCGCUUGCGUCCGGGACCAGCACGCCGCUCCCUCAACAAAUUGGUGGCCUCGGCGAUUAUCUCUCCGCUCCGCUUGGGAAAGGCAGUCACCUCAAGGCGAAGACAUAUCUUGGGGGUUGCAAGGCUCUCGACUCUCUGGCGAAGUUGAUUGCUUCAACCGAAGGCUUCUUUCAUCCCACAAACUCUGGGAGCUGGACGACCGAUCUUAGCGCAUUCAUCAAGUACAUAGUCUACGAUUUCAACAAGCGCUGGCACGAGGAGCAACUGCCUGACUGCAAGACACCUACACAUCGUCGUCUCACCCCUGAGAUCAGACAUGAGUUAGUCAAAUCUCUCAGGACUGUCACGCUUCUGGCGAUGUUCUCGCAAGACAGCACCACGGUUUCCAACAUCCAGAGCUGUCUCAAGUCCAUGAGCGUCAUGGAACCAGACCUCAUUCUUCAUCCCAUCCUGAAGCGUGCCGUUCCCGCCCUAGAGGCCUUGGUCGAGACCCAUCGGACUACAGCCGUCAUCAAGGCCCUUGGUGCUGUUGCUCCCGCACUUGUAUGCCGCGAUGUUUACUACCCUGGUGCAAAACAUCUCUUCCCUAUUCUGGAGCUUCUACUUCCUGGGAUUGAUCUGAAUGACCCGCCGAAAACGUUCUGCACUACUGCAUUCAUUUCCGAGAUCGCACAAUACAUCAAGUUUGGACAGCUAACAUUGAGCCCCGACACUAUUAUCAGCAAUGGCGUGGACCACUCCCCGGAUACUCUCAACGGCCUUUCCAUUGAAGUAGAGCCCUUUCCGGAUGACGAACUUUCCAACGCCGAGGAAGACGCCAUCUUGAGGGAUACGUCGGCGACAUUCGCGGACUGGGUGGCCGCUUUCCUACAGCGAGUUAUCGUCCUCUUUGAGAAUCUGCCGGAGGAGGGACCGAACGGAACCGCUGGCGGCGCCACCGAAGUGCAACUAGUGGACGCGGUGUCAGGCGCGUUCAGCCAGAUAUGUGUCCAUCUAUCAGAGCCGCUCUACGACAUGGUGCUUGGUCUCGUACUGGACUACGCGACUCAGAACGUCAGGUCGAACGCCGUUCGGGCCAUCCACCAGCUGGUGGAAUGUGUUGCCAACGCCAAUCCGGAGAAGACUUUGGCACGAUUCCUGCCAUUCUGUGAUCGUAGCAUUAGGACGGAACUAGACCAUGGUGCGAGUUCGUUGAGGAUCACGUCGUCAGGAUCCACUCCUCUCCCCUCGGACACCACACUUCACUGGAAUCUCGCAAUCCUAAGAGGCGCUAUGUAUAAUGAUGGCCGAGCAACUCUGAAGUAUUGUGACCAGCUAAAGACGUUUUCCAAGCGUGGCUACUCGUCAAGCGGCAAGCUACUUUCAAGCAUGCUUUUGACGCUAAGUCACACUUAUCCUCUCGAGAAUAAGUUCGUGAACCCCGCGGAGUGGGACUCGCCUGACUUCAAGUCGAACCAUCACAAGUAUUGGGGCAAGCUGUAUAAGCCAGAGGAUGUCCGACUGACUUGGCAUGUGCCCAAUGCUGAAGAGGUAGACUUCGUACUGCGGAUCUUCAGGGAGUUUAUCGAGCCUAUCCUCGACACGUUGCACAAGUUGCUCGAGUCAGGCGUCGUCCGCGACGGUGUAUGGCGCAACGAUUUCUGCAGACAUCUGAGCUUCGUGCGGAACGCGUUCGCUGGUAUCCCUACGCUCGCAAAAGAAUUCAUUACGCCCGAAGAGCAGCAAUCAGCCUUGGACUCCAGCGACAUCCUUCACGAGAUUCCCGAGAUGAUUGCUUGUGUCGAGCCACUCAACGCAGGUUUUGCUCUAUCUGAUCCAAACGAUCCUCGACACCAGUACAUUACAGGUCUGCGACGCAAGUUUGGCGAGUUUCUUCACAAAGCAUCUGUGUCACUGCGGCAGCAAGGCGAAGAGAACACUGUGGACGCGGUGCACGGCUUGGUACCGAUUUACUAUCUGCAAGCCGAUCGGUACCAAAGCGAGCUAAACAUUGCGCGUCACUAUGCUGGACAGAAGGUCUGGCCGCGCGCCCUGUAUGUGAGGCGAGCGAGGUUAUAUCAUGCUGCUCGACUUCGAUGGAAUUCGAUUGAACGUCGAAGGGGUAUGCUGGAGGACAGUCUCAUCGACGACGUCACGCAGUGGUCGAUGUGGCAUUACGCUACUGGUAUGUCGAGUCAGGCUCUUCUGGAAAGCCUUUGCAACAGCUUCGAUGGCGUACGGCGCCGGUGUCUUCCCACGUUGUACCAAUCGCUCGAGCCUGGAACAGAUGACGAUCGCAUGAAGGGAGCUCUGUGGACCCUCAACCUUUCUGUCUUCGAACCAACGCUGUCGACGGAGUUUGUCAAGAACCUCUUCGCUUGUCAGCACAAUGAGAAGUCAUCCAUUCAGGAUUGUGUCGCGUCCUUGGCGGAAACCAGCCUUGCGAACUUCGGGGAGCCCAGUCAAGUGGUGUACAAUAUCGACAAUCGCGCCUUGAUCAAAGCAACGCACCAUCUUCGAGCCAUGGUGACGUAUGCGGAGAUAGCGGAUGAUGUCCUGACCAGAUGCGAGACACAACGCGCCAACCGUCUUGCCAUCCACAACGAGGCAGUUCUACUCACUACCGACACCGUGCUCAAGAUUGCCAACAACCCUGACACGCAUUGGAGAUACGCGAUUGUAGCCGUACGAUGUCUCCGCUCCCUGAUUCGACGAGACGCUCCUAUGAAGACAGAGCAUGUUGAGUAUUUCCUCAAGAACUCUUAUGAUUCGAAUGCCAGCAUGCGCUACUAUGCUCAACGAGGGGUCAUGAAAGUCUCUAGAUUCAUCAAGCUCCGCGCUCUGGCCCAGGAUCCAGCAGACAUAGCUCUCGAGCAAAACCACAACCCGCUACGAAGGAAGGUUCGCGUGGAGGAUCCAUCGCGUGAAUUCUCAGAAGUCAAGCUUUCAGAGUACAGGGUUCCCUUGGAUUUGGACCGAGGUCGAACCGAGCCAUUGCUACGAGACAAGCUUGGUUCUGGGUGGAUCGCAUGGAGCAGCACGAUUGACUGUUUCCUGGUUCCGCACCAAACGAAGUCCACGUUCCAGCCGUGGGAACCUAAUAGCGAGCAUGUCGUCGCAGCUAUCCGUAGUGCGGCGAAGGACUCCGCGUUUUGGAAGAAGCUUUCCACCCACUACUCGGCUGAGAACAACUCCGAUGUUGUGGUUCAGGACAACUUGUGUACUGUGAAGUCCAUUUUCCAACUCCUGGAUGACGAGCCCUUCACUGUCCUCCAACCGAUAGUUGAGGAGCUGCUCGCGAACAAGGACAAGAACAAGCAACGAGCGGCAGCAGAAUUCAUUGCAGGAAUGAUUGGUGGUUCAAAGCACUGGCCAACGGACGCCCAGCUCAAGUUUUGGAUGUGGUUCACUCCUCACAUCAGGACGAUCUUCAGCCAAAAAACCAACGACACGCUGGCAGUCUGGUCUUCCUUUUUCGAACACGUCUUCUACAAUAAGGAUCCGCGUCGACUGCAACCUCUUGUAGACCACAUCAUGGAAGAAUUCAACACUGUCGACUUCAACGGCGAAACAACCUUCGAGGCGGUGCAGGUGCUCUGCUUCUUCCGAGCGCUGUACGAGCAGCUUGGCAUGAAAUUCACGGCGUGGGUCGACGAUACCUUGAAGCGCUGUUGGGCCCAACUCAAGUGCGAACAUGAGGAGGUGCUUGCGUAUAUUAGCGAGAUCAUGGCCUUCUGCGGCAAGAUCAUGUGGCGUCCCAAUCCGUCCAUGUUGACACCCGAAGUAUUCGUCAAGGAGUGCCGGACCAUCCCCUCUGUGGGUGAUAUCAUGGGAAUUCGUGGGACAUUCCACGAGGAGCGUGUCACGGAGUUGGUACAGCAAUUCCCUGUCUGGCGGCAGGAGCGAUUGCCCGGCGUUCGGGCGUUCCAGUCCACCUACGACCGUGUUGGAGUGCUCAUUUGCAAAUGGCUCUUCCAGCUCAUUCACGACACGAACGCUAUCUCCGCUUUCGACUGCAUACUUCCCCUCCUGCCCGAACUCAUCCAUUUCACAGAAGUCAAUGACAACGAUGAACUUGCGUAUCGCGCAAAGCUUCUCAUGGUCCGCAUGUGCGGAGUGAUUGUUCCACGUCAGUUCAUCAACCCCAUCCUCGACGAACUGUUCAACGCCAUUCAGACUUUUCCCUCAUGGAAAGUGCGCCUGAAGAUCCUUCCGCUUGUGCAAGUCUUCUACUUCCGACAGUCCUGCCUUAUCAGCGACAUCAAAAUAAUCGAGAUGGUCGAGGUCAUUUGUCGAUGCUUGGACGACGAGGUCGUGGAAGUGCGUGAGAUGGCAGCAACGACACUCUCAGGCAUUCUCCGCCUAUCGCCACGCAAAAGUAUCAUCACCCUAAAGGAUCGCUUUGUGCGCUUGAUCAAAAAUAGCAAGCUCCCAGCUGAUAGGAAGUCGCCUGCAUACAACACCGCCAUUCGUCAAUUGCAUGCGGCGAUUCUGGGCGUCUGUGCUCUUGUGGAAAGCUAUCCAUACACCAUCGAGCGCUGGAUGCCAGAGCUCCUGACCAACAUCCUUGCUGAGCAUACAUACGACCCUAUCCCCAUAUCCACCACGGUCCGCAAGUGCGCGAGCACGUUCCGGAAGACCCAUCAGGACACUUGGCACGAAGACUCGAAGAAGUUCACGGAAGAACAACUCGCUGCGCUCUCUACCCUGCUGUCCGGAUCGUCGUACUGCUGCAACUCAUCGUAUUGA